AUGUCUUAUUAUCUGAGCAAGCCUAUGCUCAAGUUCUACUACGAUGAGAUCAAAAAACCUGGAUCCAUGAAGAGCACCGUCAACAACUUCUGGAACAACGCCCUCCUCCACUACUUCACACAGGAGAAGUUUUACGGGAUCGAGCAAGACCAGUGCCAACUUGAUGGAACCACCGACGGUUGCGCUGAUUUUGCCAUUCGACGUAUCAAUAACGGCGAGUCAAGGAAAGUUGUUCUAAUGAAGAACGAGACACAAGCUUAUCAUUGGGGUGAGGCUGUUGAGCAGCUUACCCGAUACCUAAAGCUGGUUCGUGCCGAACAGGGAAGCAGUCACGUUCUGUACGCUGCCAUUACUAUCGGGACUUACGCUCGCUUCUACUACCUCGAGCCUCAAGAGCAGACCUUAGCUGAUUAUCCAACCACGCGCACCGGAGACUUCUAUGAGCUUAAACUCAACGAGGAUGAGAUCCACAAUGUAUUGAGCGAGUCCAAGGUUCCAAUUAGGCCCGUCCCUAAGAUCUCAAGGUGGCUUACCUUGUUGAAUCUACGUACUACAGCUAUGACCGGGACAAUGAGCCCUGAUAUAUUCAGCUGUGUUAUUUGUGGCUACUCCAUCUGGAGCGAGGAAAGGUCGUAUUGGUUGGAAGAAUUUCGUGCUGUCUACUCCAAUGCAAAAGGCACAUUCAUCUCCAGUGUUGGCCGCUACUAUAAUCCACAUAGAGGCUGGAGAGCCUCAUCGGAUAGUAUGGUUCGCUGGGAUGAUGCGGGCGAUGCCUCCCAGCAUUCCGAUGUGAUUCCAGUUAUUCGACAGAAGAUUUUGCAAAAGUUUUACGAGCCUGAUGAUGUCCCGCUUGAGCGGCUUCUUGAAAUCUGCAGGCCUCUUCCCCAGUGUAGCGCAGGUGUUUGGUUGGGCCAUGACUACAGCGGGCUGAUAAUAUUGGAUACUAAGAACCAUUACCCAUGGGAAGGCAGGGUGACAGGGAGGCGCAACAUCCUCCUACCAUGUGCCGAAGAGAUCCCGUACGAUAUCGCGGAGAUGUCCAGUCUAUUUAUGCUUUCCUCCAAUCCUCCCAGAACACCCGAGGCGUCAAGAUCUAUACCAAUGAUAGGAACAAACAGAGACUGCUUUGCAACACUUCCUUGGGAGCUUAUUGAAGCUAUAUGCGUCAACCUAUCGGUGCCAGAUAUAUUAAGCUUAGUGAGAGCUUCAAGGUCUUUCCACCCUAUUCUCACCAGCCAAACGUUUUGGGCUACUAGGUUUGAACCUGGCAAAGACCGCGAAUUAAUUUUCGAGAAAUGGAACUCCAAAGAGAACAGAGACUGGAUUAAGUUGUAUCAACUUACGAAUCGUUCAUCAAGUUCACCAGGACUGGAAAAUCGGAGGCACAUAUGGGAUUUAGUCCGGGAAUUUGCUCCCUCUCUAGACUCGUCCCUGGAUAAAUCUCACGAGCGUCCUCUAUCAAGUAAUAUCUAUGACAAAAGCCAUGAAGUAACUGCAGAGAUUCUACCAGACCCUACUUUGAGUAUUGGGGGGUUCUUUAAUCAGGGCUGUUUGCUGUUUCACAAACAGCACACCGCUGUUCCUCCUAAUCUUUCGGGUGUUGCCUUUUCAAUCACAGCAAAUUACAUAACCGGCAUACGCUUGAUGUCCCGCAGCCAGGAGGAUAUUUGCUUAGGCUAUAUAAUCAAAAACAAGGAGACGGCUCUUGAGGUGACAGCUAUAUCUGGAUUUAUUCUAGCAGUCGACUCUCGAGGAGUACGGGCUAUCCGUGCCAUUGACGGCAACGGAAAUGAGUCAAGAUGGUUUGGUAACCCAAAAGACACGCCAAUCACAAAACGUUUGACGGGCUUUAAAGUUAUCACUGCCUUGGAAAUAGGUGUUGAUGGAUAUAAGAUAAUCAGCAUUGCAGCUGCUGAGUAUCAACCAACAGUACAGGAGAAAACACUACGGCUUAUGGCUUUAUGGUAUCCCGCUGUGCCCAGCCCAGAGUUAAACUUGAACGACCAAUAUUUCACCGGUGAGGAUCCCCUGACCGGCUACCGACCCCUGGCUUGGAUUCAUUUUGGAGGUCCUCAGGGAUGUUACCUCCGAAACAUAAAAGCAGUCUGUGUUACUCGACAAGGGAACACAUGCUGCAUUGAGUUUGAGUAUGACAUAGACCUGCCGGUAGAGAUACGCAAGCUGGGUCGCCGCAAGGUCAUAGACUAUUAUAAAACUGCUCGAUUCGAGAUAGAUGGUCGUGCUGGAGAAUACAUCACCGAGGUUGCUGUCAGCACUCUACACAAGAGCGAAGGAAAUGUUUACCGAUAUCGGGGGUUGGAGACACUGAGCUCUUUCAAGGUUGAUUACCACAAACCACGGGAGCAUCCACAGCAUGGGUUUAUUAGCCUGGGAGUCAUAUCUGAACUUGUUCCUAUGCACAGCCACAAGUGA